GAAAAAAAUAACAUGAAACACACAUCUCCCGGCGGGUCCAUAAAAUCCUUCGGGUGGUGCUGGAAUGUGCUGGAUCAGAACAUUGCAUUGCCAAAUGAAGCUCCGGGACCUUGUGCUUUCACUUUUGUGUACUCAGUGUACUCGCCGUGACGAAAGCGAUCAACAAACUUCGUGGCUGAGUCAAAGGCAAUUCACUGCCCAAAAGAACAGAAACGCAAAAAAGACCUCAACCAAGUGGCUGAAUCAACUCGAACUCGCCUUCUUCUCGUGGGAGAACGGCACUGAAGGUCGCCUCUUCACGUAGCAUUGCUCGUUUCCGGUCGAUGACCCUUGAUGGUCCUUGAUUGUCAUGCGGCAUGAUGGCCAUGUUCUAUGCCCCCAGGUGGAUGAGAUCGUUUGAUGUUUCAGAGGACACCCCAAAACAAGACCCAUUCGCGCCUGGAGUCUCAGUUUUGUAGGGUCUAUUAGGUGCUGUGUUACUUGUGCCUUUUCCCAUCUUUUCCCUCUUCCAAAGACCCACCACACACGGCUGAAAACCUGCACUGGCACCUGGAUUUGGCGUACUGCCUCCUUCCUUUCUCAGGUGAGCAUCAGGAGUACUGGCCCCUGAUCACCGCAAGGCACUUGAUGACCCAUACCUCGGGCUUGGGCAAAGGACCUCCCGGCGUGACCUUCGAGUACAACAGCGGAGAGCACAUCCAGCAUUUGAGCGCGCUGAUCCGUGUCUUGACCUCUGAGCGCUACAGCUCACCGGUGGACUGGGCAGAGGAUCAGUUCGCCAAACCCUUGGGGCUGCAAGGACUCUUCGCCCAUGAUGGCUUGGAUGGUGAUAUUUCCAUCGGCGGAGGGCAACUCAUGAGCUGCUCGCAGUUGGCCAGGAUUGGGCAGCUGAUGAUCAACUGGGGCCGAUGGCCCCUUUCAGCCGCACCCACGUGGCCUUUGGAUUGGUUGCCUUGGGCCACGAACCGAACGGAAGUCUUUCAACUGGUGAGCAAGGAGUACAUCAGAGAGAUGACGCGACCCUCAUUUCCCCAGGUGGUGUCGACCUAUGGUAUGCUGCUUUGGAUCAACCACGCCGUCGGGCCCGACGACACCAGCUGCUGCAUGUGCACCUGCGGCGCCUGCUUCGGCGUGCCCGACCCGCCGAUCUUCGGCAUCAACGAGGAGGCAUGGUUCGCCACUGGCUACUUGACCAGGUACUUGAUCAUGCUGCCGGAGCGGGAGACCUUCGUGGUCUCCCUGGGGAUGGACCUCACCGGCUCGACGCCCUGCUCGGUCAGCUGGUCUUGGUUUUCCAUCACCUACGACGAUUCCUUCGGCGCCUUUUUGCAUUACCUGGUGAUCGAAGCUGCUUUGCCCUUUCCUGCGUCGACCACCACCCUCACCAGCACCACCUUCACGCGCACUCAGACCUCUACAUCACUCACUUCCACGACUUACACGAGUACUUCAGGUACCACUACCACCGUGGGGACUACAGCUGCAGCAGCCGAUGGGUGGCCCUGGGAUUGGCUGUGGCCAACCACCACCACUGCUGGCUGGUGGCCAUGGGACUUUCAGGAGCUCAACCUGGAGGAUUCCACGACGGCGACGACCACCUUCGACUUGUCCACGGUGAUCUACAACCACGGGACCAAAUCCAACACAUCUUUGGCGAGGAGGAAACGCAGGAGGAAGAGAAAGCAAAAAGAGCACGAAGAAGGUGAAGUGGACGAAGGAUACACUGGAGGAUCUUGCAGCUGCAGUUGUCCGGUGGACCAAGACUUCGGAAAGUGCUAUGAGCUGCCCAAAGACAUGGUCUUCGGGAAAUGGAACCAUGGACAGGAGGCCUGCAACGUCUUGGGUAACGCCUACCUCUUGUCGGAGCGCAGCUGCCCUGAUGUGGGCAUUGUCCAGCCCUGCAAAUCCAACUCCUGGGCCAUCGGCGGUGGGACACACGACCUUUGCAGCCGCACCUUUUGGAACGAGGACAUGGGCCUGAACUGCUCUCAGCUGACUUAUUGCGAGCACGCCAGAGGUCACCCUGUCUAUGAGGACACGCGUCGCUUGGCCACCUGCUCUUGCACCGUACUGCGGUGGAAGUGCGACUAUGACUACGAGCCCUGCGAUGUCAAUGACACCUAUUACACCCCUGGCUCGCCAGAGCUUGCACAGCACCUCUUGGUGCAUUGGUCGCCUCCCAAGAAACCCAAAGAAGGAUGGCCGUGGGCUAGUCCCUGGGCUUCAAUGGGACUCUUUGCUGCUGGGCUUUGUGUCAUCGCCUUGCUCCUCCUCCGCGCCCGCAGAAACGGUGUUCCUCGGACGGAAGGGGCUCCUCCAAGCUCGUACCGGCCACUGGCGGGCGAAUAGCGGCGAC